AUGGACGGCUGCCGUUCUUUUCCGGCUAUACCUGCUCAACCCACCAGGAAGUGCUGGGCGAUAAAUCCUAAAGUAAUAAUCCCUUUUACCUGGAGCGAGAGGAGCGAACAAACAUUAUUAUGCAGUGUAUCCGGGGAAAGCCCUCCGAUUAGAUUCAUGUGAUCGACGCGCGCGAUUAAUGCAGGGUAAAAAACACCGUCAACUCCCUGCAAGUUGGGGUUAUUGUUUUCCUGCGGUGUAGCGUUUAGUUCUUUUGCGGUCCUAACCUCCCUCCGGCAAUGGGAUGCAGUGAAAGCGUAGAGAGGACAAAAAGAGAAUGGAAACCUUUGGAGGACCGAAGCUGCACGGAUCUGCCGUGGUUCCUGUUAUUUACAUUGUUCCUUGUGGGAAUGUGUGGCAUCUGUGGGUUUACCAUCGCAACUGGAGGGGCGGCGAGGCUCGUGUUCGGAUAUGACAGCUACGGGAACACGUGCGGCCAACGCAACGAGCCCAUCGAAGGGGUCCGGCUGAGCGGUCUCGACCAUAUUGACAGAAAAUUCGUCUUUUUCCUGGAUCCAUGCAACAUAGACAUCAUUCAGAGGAAGAUUAAGUCCAUGGCGCUGUGCGUGUCACUAUGUCCUACCGAGGAACUGGCGACUUACUACGACCUCAAGAGGUUUGCCAUGAUGAAUGCAUCUGAGCUUUGUUCGUAUGAGUUACCUGGUCAUAAGUACCCUCAACUUCCCGAGCGCUUCGAAAAGUGUCCCAAACUUCCAGUACCAGAGAGCAAAGCUCUUCCAGUGUUUAACCGCUGCACGCCUGUGGAUAUCUCCUGCUAUGCUAAGUUUGCUGAAGCGGUGGUCACGUUUGUCAGUGAUAACAGCAUGUUAAACAGGCUGAUUGCCGGGGUGGCGGCCAGCAAAGAGAUCAUUGUUGGGCUGUGUCUGCUGGCGUUAGUUUUGUCUAUGAUCCUCAUGGUGAUCAUUCGUUACAUCUCUGCUGUCCUGGUUUGGAUCCUCACUGCAAUGGUGGUUCUGGGUUCUUUGGGAGGCACCAGCGUUCUGUGGUGGUUAUACAUAGACUACCGAAUGACGAUGAAUGAGACCAUGUCUAAGGAUCUGAGGGAAACAGAAGAACCCAACGGUGGCAUGAAACCCACCAAAGACUACGCUCAAGGACUGCUCAUCUACGCAGUUUCAGCAACUGUGUUCACUGGAAUAUUGUUGCUUCUGAUGUUGUUUAUGAGGAAGAGGGUUGCCCUGACCAUCGCCCUGUUCCACGUGGCAGGAAAAGUGUUUAUCCACCUGCCACUGUUGGCACUGCAGCCCUUCUGCACCUUCCUCGCGCUUUCUCUUUUUUGGGUUUACUGGAUCAUGGUCCUCCUCUUUCUCGGCACCACUGGGAACCCGGAGAAGAAUGAGGAGACUGGGCUGGUUGAGUUCAGGCUCACAGGAGGGCUGCAGUACAUGACCUGGUACCACGCAGUGGGAUUGAUCUGGAUUAGCGAGUUCAUCCUGGCCUGUCAGCAGAUGACCGUAGCCGGUGCUGUCGUAACCUACUAUUUCACAAGGGACAAAACCAAACUCCCGCUGACACCCAUCCUGUCAUCAGUGCUGCGUCUGGUGCGGUAUCACCUGGGCACCGUGGCCAAGGGCUCCUUCAUCAUCACCCUCGUCAAGAUCCCACGACUCAUUCUCAUGUACAUCCACAACCAACUCAAAGGCAAGGAAAACGCUUGUGCGCGCUGCAUGCUGAAGGCCUGUAUCUGCUGUCUGUGGUGUCUGGAGAAGUGCCUCAACUAUCUGAAUCAGAAUGCUUAUGCGGCGACGGCCAUAAACAGCACCAGUUUCUGCACCUCGGCACGUGAUGCCUUCAUGAUCCUGGUGGAAAACGCUCUUAGGGUGGCGACCAUCAACACCGUUGGAGAUUUCGUUCUCUUCCUGGGCAAGAUCCUGAUCGUGGCGUGCACGGCGUUCGCUGGGGUGUUAGCGCUGAACUAUCAGAGAGAUUACACCGAGUGGGUCCUGCCGCUCAUCAUCGUGUGUCUGUUCGCGUUCCUGGUGGCACACUGCUUCCUGUCCAUCUUCGAGAUCGUAGUGGACGUGCUCUUCCUCUGCUUUGCCAUCGACACCAAAUACAACAAUGGCACACCUGGGAGGGAGUUCUACAUGGACAAGGCCCUGAUGGAGUUUGUGGAGAACAGCAGGAGGUCAAUGGCGAUGGAGGAGCGGGGGCGCAGCAAGCGCGCCCGUCCCAAGGAAGAGGUAGAGUUGACGGAGGUUAAGGCCAUGGUGAGUGGUGAUGUGGGUGAGGCAGGGGCGGAGUGGAAGGAGCUCCAGGAGUUCCACCUGUACUAUCUGCUGCUGUGUGUGCUGAUGGACUGGGCCCUGACGGAGCACAACCUGGUGCUGUGCCUCACACAAGACAUGAUCAUCUUCCUAUCUGUCUGCCUGCCCACCUCCACCCUCUUCUUCCUGGUCACAAUGCUCCAGAACACACCUGUGGCUGUUGCUGCAUGCUGACUAACGCUUCCUCACCUCCUUCUAUCAUUUCAUCCAUCUUUCUAUGCAUCACACUAACAGAGCAUGAGCAUCUAUUUUUCUAUCUGUGGAAUAUUUUAUUUAAAUUUUUUUUUUCCAUUCCAUUUUUGCCUCUUCUUUUUUAUACUGACUGUCUUGAACUCAUAUGGCAGCUAUAAACUGUACUUGUAUAUCCGUGGCCUUAAAAACACCGUGUUGCUCUUCGGAGGAAAGAUAAUUGAAACUGCCGAGCUGGAAAAACAAGAGGAGGAGAGCAAGGGAAAGACUUUAUCUUUCACAUCGAUGGUCAUAUUAUGAUCUAUAAUAUAAAAGGAUUCUCCACAAUUCUUAACUCAGACACUUAACCCUUGGCUUACUGGAUAAACCACUGCAAAUCGUGAGUUUAAACACCCAAACUAUCAAAAUGACUAUUGGGUCAGUUUAGUUUGUUUAGUAAGAUAAUAUUGGGACUGACUGUAUAUGGGUCGUUGAUGGGUUCUUUUGUGUGACAUGCUAUUAAAGGAGUAGUUCACUUUUUAAAAAAAAUUUCUGAUAAUUUACUCACCCCCAUGUCAUCCAAGAUGUCCAUGUCUUUCUUUCCUCAGUCGAAAAGAAAUGAAGGGAUUUUCUCCAUAUAAUGGACUUCAAUGGGAACCAAACGGUUUAAGGUUCAAAGACAGUUUCAGUGUAAACUGCAAACUGUUCAAAGGGAUUUAAACAAUUCCAGACGAUGAAUAAGAGUCUUAUCAAGCGAAACGAUCGC